AUGCCGGAGUGCACUCGUUUGCUUGCUAUGCAUGGCUCCAUUGGGCGACUAUUUGGCCCACGCAUCGAGCGUGCACCACGCUUGAAGCGUCGUCCUGUGGCUGGGUCAGCAAUCUCGAUUUGGCCCGCGCAGGCUGAUAAUUAUUCUGCGAACCAGGGCCCAUGCAGCGCAGAAAGUGGUUUUGGCCAUGGCGAUAGCGCUAAAGGUACCUUCAUCUACCGCCCCAUGCUUGCUCCCGCUGGACAAGUUAUUUCAAAGCAGCGGUCCCCCCGUUGCGCUGCGACAUUCGCCCGUUUGGCAGGGAUGCACGACGGCGCCACCGACGAGAGAAAGCCAUCGGCGAUAAGCCUAUCGCUAUCGACAGCCAGGGGGCGGGCAAGUUGGCAUGUCCAAUCUCAUGUCGGGCUGGGUGCUUCCGGGAGCCGCCAUGCCUGUUUGCGCUGGUGCUGUUUGAUCGCCGGACGGGCCCAUCUACCGCAAAUCGUCCCUCUGCCAAUUGGUGACGUGAUGCAACAGCGGCGCUGGUUGACGGCGGGACGCUGGCGGGAGGCGAGCCGCGAGACAGCGAGCACCGGCGCGUUCCUCUGGGAGCACGCCAGCAAGUCGCCGCAACGUCCAUGUCGUGUGGGAAGCGAAGCGCGUGUUUGGAGCGAGUCCCAGGCACACCCGGGCGGGGACGGCGUCGGGGACAGACGGCUGCUGGCUGUGGUAUUUUUACAAUGCCGAUCUACUGCGCUUCACAUGGCGAUCCGCCACGCCCGCGUCGGUGCCAGUGCGGACACGACGAGCGAGGAAUGGGAAUGCAGUUGCACUCUCGCAGCACGCGCUGGCUGCGCUGCCAGUCGAGACUCGCUCCAGUGCGCGCGCAGCCGGGCCAGCGAUCGCAUGGGCGACGGCCUGCCAUGA